GCGCACUUCCGGUGGAAGGGCUGAGGAGAGGGGGUGGAGUUUACGGAGCCGGUGGGCGGUGGGCGGUGCUGCCGGUAGCUGGGUGCUGUCCAAAGGCACUGGGCGUCGCUAGGGGAGCGAGCUGUGACCGGUUGGGCCUCACUUGGCGUGGGACGAAGCUUAGGCUACUGUUUGUCUACGUGAGGCCUUCCCUUCAUGUCGGCCCUCGAGAAGAGCAUGCAUCUCGGCCGCCUGCCCUCUCGCCCACCUCUCCCCGGCAGCGGGGGCAGUCAGAGCGGAGCCAAGAUGCGAAUGGGCCCUGGAAGAAAGCGAGACUUCUCCCCUGUUUCUUGGAGUCAGUACUUUGAGUCCAUGGAGGAUGUAGAAGUAGAAAAUGAAACUGGCAAGGAUACUUUUCGAGUUUACAAGAGUGGUUCAGAGGGUCCUGUCCUACUCCUUCUGCAUGGAGGAGGCCAUUCUGCCCUUUCCUGGGCUGUGUUCACGGCGGCGAUCAUUAGUAGGGUUCAGUGUAGGAUUGUGGCUUUAGAUCUGCGAGGUCAUGGUGAAACAAAAGUCAAGAAUUCUGAGGACCUGUCUGCAGAAACAAUGGCAAAAUAUCUGAGACCUAGUAGCCCCUUAGUAAGUGCUAGUUUCCUUCCCUUAUCUUUUCCCAGGGACCUAGUUUUUGUCCUGUUCUUCCAGGGGUUGCCCUCAGAGACUCAGAACUUUCUCUUUUUCCUCCAGACCAAGAAGGACCAUCCGUACACUUGGAGAAUUGAACUGGCGAAAACAGAAAAAUACUGGGAUGGCUGGUUCCGAGGCUUAUCCAAUCUCUUUCUUAGUUGUCCUAUUCCUAAAUUGCUGCUCUUGGCUGGUGUUGAUAGAUUGGAUAAGGAUCUGACUAUUGGCCAAAUGCAAGGAAAGUUCCAGAUGCAGGUCCUACCCCAGUGUGGUCACGCAGUCCAUGAGGAUGCCCCAGACAAGGUAGCUGAAGCUGUUGCCACUUUCCUGAUCCGGCACAGGUUUGCAGAGCCCAUCGGUGGAUUCCAGUGUGUGUUUCCUGGCUGUUAGUAACCUGCUGUCCUUCCCGCCCCCAACAUUGAGCUCUGUUGUAACUACAUCGCACCAGAGGCCACUGUGAUGCCGCUGUCUCCUCACCAUCCCGCCCGACCGUGUGACACCGGCUCCCUAUAGACGGGCUUCCCUAGAUGUACAAACCCUUUUGUGUAUUCCUGCCAAAAGCGUUGUUUUCCAAGGCCUUCGACCAGCCUCGGCCUCCUUAGUCCAAGGCUCCCCAGCUCCCACUCCUUCCCUGUUCAGGGGUAGCCCCUGCCUGUUCUCCCUGCCUUGCCUAGGGUGAAGCCUCCAUCGGAACUGCCACCCUGGGCCCCUAUUCCUGGUAUUAGGCAGUGCACCUGGGUCCAAAUGUCUCUCCAGGCUCAGGGACCUCCAUUCCUUGAGAUUGUUCUUGGCGUGGUCCUGCCCUACCUCAUGGGAUGGACCAUGCACAGGGUGGUCCUUAUUGUCCCCUUUCAAAUAAAAUACUAGUCAGGUACCUUUUUAUCCCAGUCUUACUCUUCCAGGCUUGGAAGACCCAGAGAGGCCAGGAUCCCAUCCUUAGAAAUAGGGAGGCGGUGGUGGAUAGCGUCACAAGAAACCAGCCUGAAAAUCAGGUCCAGUCAGUCCAAGCACAUGGCCUCCCAUCUGGGGAGAGCCCACUGUUCCUCUCCCACAUGUCUGGGCACCUGCCCUGGGCUGAGGCCAGGCUGCUCCAGGGGCCUCUCGAGCCCUCACCUGCCACAGAGCAACCCAGGUUUAAGACAGCCCAUGCACAAAGCCAUAGGCUAAAGCCUGUGGAGUUGUUUUUAAGAAUCAAAUUUAACCAUUUUCAUAAUUGGUCCCUGGAGGUGUGCAGAGUGCCCGCUUGCCUCUUCUAGACCCACAGCUUAUCUUCACCAUUUGUGGUUUCCAUGUCACUCUUCAUAGAAACAGCACAGCCCAGCACCCUCGCUCCAGGCCCUCUUCCAGCUGCCCCCUCCCAACACUGCGGCCUCCCCCUGCUGCCCAGGCACGCCGUCUCCAAGGGCGGGAAGGGCCGGUCUCCUGCAGCCCAUCUUUUCUGUGACUGUCUUAGGUGAUGCAUAGUCCCCUCCACCUUUCCACCCAACAACUUCCUAUCCCUGUCCUGCUGCACGGUCCAGAGUCUGGGACCUACUUUGUUUCUUUGUUACUUAUGACCUUGUUUAAAGAGAAUAAAUAUCUCCCAACCUUUA